AGCUAAAAUGCUGGGCCAUAACAUAUGCACCCCCUUGCAAUCGUCUCGCACUUGUGUAUUACUUUAAGCUGAGCCUGCUUUAUAAGUCUCUGUCUUCUCAUUACCUUCACCCAUUACUUCAGCUUCGCAGUUUUACACAAAAAGGAAAUAGGUUGCCACUUACUGAAAUUCUGCAGAGAAGGGUAAAAAAGGCAACCUCUUAACAAUUCAUACCUAGUCCGACUAUGGAGAAUAAGAUAAACUUGAAGGCUUUGGUGGAUAAGGGGAGCAACAAAAUUAUCUUCAUAGAGUCCGGCAAAGCUUUUAUCGAUGUUCUUGUAAGUUUCUUGACAAUCCCCUUAGGAACAAUAAUCAAGCUUGGUCGUGAGCAUUCAGCACCAGUGGAAAUAGGAUGCAUGAACAAUUUGUAUUCAAGUGUGGAGGAAAUUGACGUAAGUGAGUUGCGGUCAGAUGCAUGUAGAGAAAUGUUGUUGCUUCCCCGCAACGCGGCUGAAUCUCAUUGCAAGAACCUUGUAUUGCAAAUUGAUCACAAUGCCAAGCCAACACAGUACUUUGGAUGCUCUUGGUGCCUGAACCAGACCACUAGAAAGUUAUUCCGUUAUAACCCAGGUACAUGGUGCGGAGCCUGCAACUCUUACUCGUAUAGGGAGAUUACAUUUUCUGUGGAUGUUGCAAGCGCCUUUGUAAAAGAGAGAGCCAGGCUUCUGAUUACCGAUGAUUUACAACUGAUCUCCCCUUUUAGCGAAUCAAUCGAUUCUUUAUUUACCAAUCUUGGAGUCACCAAUAGGAAUACUACCGAGGAGUUGAAUUUGAAUAUUGGAGUUGAUGAGGUUGUGAAUUUGCUUAUAAGCUCCUUAGUAUCAAAGACACUAUUGACCGAAACUCUGCUGAAGCAUAAACCCGUGGCCGAACGGAGCAAUGAAAAUAAUUAUCAAGCCAUACACAUUGAUCCUCAAACAGUAGGGGAGACAGUGCUGACGGAAGAAGACAACAUUUCUAUCAAGCUGAUAAUUAGCAAAUCCAAGAACAUUGUUUGCUACGCAGAAGCCGGGGAGGAUUUUGUUAAUUUACUUUUCAGUUUCCUAACUCUGCCACUUGGGUUUGUAGCGAAGCAGAUACAGGAUGGGUCUCUGAAGGGCUGCAUUGAUCAAUUGUACCGGAGCGUCCAAGAUCUCGAUGCACAAUACUUGAAGUCAAAUCAUCACAAGGAAAUGCUAGUCGAUCCGAAGCUGAAUCCUGAUUUUUGCUACAACAGUCUUUUAGGGAUUGAGGUAGCCUCAUAUUAUUAUCUCGACGGCAGGCUAACUACCGAUAGUUCCCUUAUCCCUUCUAAUAGCUCAUCGGAGUUGUUUAAAAUUGAACCCACAAAUCGCGUCUCCAGUGCUGGAGGAUUUUUAAAAGGACCGGCGUUUUUCACAGUAACUGACAAUCUGGUCAUAAGACCUAUAUCUACAAUCUUUGAGCUGUCUGUUCUUGACAAAUUGAAUGUACCCUUCACUGACACUGAAAAAAGAGUUGUGCUUAUGGGCAAGAAGGAGGCUUUGAAUCUUCUGGUGGCUUCUUUUGCUAGUGACUCUGCCCUAACUAAUGCCUUCAUUAGCAAGCCAUAUCAAGCAUAACCAGAGCUUGGUUAUAUAAGAUGAAGAGGGAUCGGAUGUAAUGAUUUUUUUUUUUUUUUUUUUGUUUCAAACAGGACUGUAAUGUUUUCGUGAUUAUGCAAACUUGGGAUUGGUGUUUGAGUGUAUGGCCAAGUUCGAAUGUAUUAAUUUCAUUUUAUUA